UUGACAGAAAUGUGGCUGUACAUAUACGCAAUAAUAAUAGAUUUGCCGCACGUGGAUUUGAAAACAAAGUGAAAAUAAAUUGGAAAAAUGGACGUACUCAGCCGACCAGCUGAAGAGUUUGGAAACGAUGAAUCUGUUGAAGCAAUGUGGGCAAUGCGGGCAUUCGAACAUGCCGAAAUUCAUUUCAAUCUGCUAUGUAGUGUUGAUCCAAAACUAUUGAAAUUGACGCCAUUCGAUGAUCAAAUCUAUCAAACAUUUCGUGAAGAAUUUCCGAAUUUCAAUGUGGCCAAAAUCACCGAAACCGAAUUGAAAAAUCCCUCGGCAAAGCAUAAGUGGCGAAGUUUUAUUGAAAAAUUCAAUAAAUUGGAUGACUACAGUUAUGGCACAUUGAUGCGAGCUGAUGCUGGUCUCGAUUUUGGGCCACACAAUUCCAUUUUAGUUGUACGUAUUCAAUUUUGGGCAAUUGAAAUUGCGCGAAAUCGCGAAGGAUACAACGAUAAAAUUCGCUACAAAUACAAACCAACACCAAUUCAAGUCGAAGAAGAAGAAGACGACGAUCAACAACAACAAUAAUAAUGACAUUUCCAUUUCCGGCAAAUGCCUCAAAUCCAUCAUCUAAUGAUUAAGUUAGGAUAAAUUUAAAACAGCAUAAAUAAAAAAAAAAAACAAAUUGAAUCUAUAUUGAAUAAAGAAAACGAAACAAUAAUAAAUCGA